AAUAAAGUGAGAAAAAGAUGAAAACAGAGAGUAUGAUGACAGGGUGGUACACAAGAGCAGCAACAAAGGGUGUGGCUAGCUUGCAACUAUUCCGGCGACCGUGUGGGCAGUUGAAGAUGACAACGACGAACAGCAGCAGCAGCAGCAACCACGAUGAUCUCGACGCCAUAUUCAAACAGAAACGAAUUCUUCGAACUCAGGUCAAGAAAACCCUCAAAUCCAUCGACCCUUCUCUCAGAUCUCAACAAGAUAAUGCUAUUCAAGACAUCAUUCUGGGAGCUCCGUGGUUCAAAUCUAGUGCUAGGUUAUGUGCAUACAUUAGCUGCAGCGCUUUACGCGAAGUCGAUACGUCGAAACUAUUGUCGGAAAUUCUGCAACCUUCCGCCGCCACUGGAGGAAAAAAACUGUACGUACCACAGGUGGAGGAUAAAAAUAGUCACAUGCGUAUGCUCAACAUAUCGCGUAUUGAUGAUCUUGUGGCAAACUCAAUGGACAUUUUAGAACCAGCUCCAGUUGAUGCUGAUGGGAAUGCACGAGAAGAUGUUAUGCAGGCGGAUGACCCAGUCGAUUUAUUGCUUUUGCCUGGGCUGGCAUUUGACAGAACUGGAAGACGUUUAGGCCGGGGCGGAGGUUACUAUGAUACCUUCCUCGAGAGCUACCAACACCUUGCAAAGACACGGAAUUGGAAGCAGCCCUUGCUCGUUGCACUGUCAUAUUCCCAACAAAUACUGGAUGAAGGAGUAAUACCAAUGACAUCGUCCGAUGUUCCGGUUGAUGCUCUUGUAACUCCAGCUGGUGUGAUUCCCAUCAGCACAGAAGCCUUCGAUAGGUGUCAAUGAUCGUAUCACUUGUGGUAUUUGAUACUAAGCCCCGUAGAACACUGGUUAAGAAUUAAUUAAUAUCUUGAGAAUCUAAAAAGUUUGUAAUAUUUUCUUCUUUAAGCAAUCAAGAGUAUUUAUUUACUCAAUAGUGGUUGGUUGCUAUGGAAAGUAGACUGGGAGUCCAAGCAAACUUUACCUGCAAUGUUUGGAGUCGCCACUCUUGGGAGAGCUUUACCUAAGUACCACCCCUUGUCCAAGGAUUAAUCCCAUUGCAAUGUCUAUGGGGAUUCCCUGUUGGAGACCCACAAAUCAGUAAUGUUUAUGUAUUGAAUAAUAUUGUUAGUGGAGAUAUUGAUUGCUUCUUCAACA